CUAACCCGGGUGGGAAUGGCGGCAGGACGGAUGUGUUUGCAGCGCACUCGGCAGCAGGGUAGAGAGACAGGCCCGACAGUUUCACCACACUCCGGCCCCACGCAGAGUCCGGCCAAAGACAGCCAGCGGCGCCACGCCUACAGACACACCUCUUCCGCAUCACUUCAGGAAGUCAGGGUCGCCUUGUUGCCUUCCGGUAGACUUAGACAGAGAAAGCGGAAGAGGUGGAGCGAGCGGCCCGCGGCUUCCGCAGAGGGCUUUUUGGAUCUUGAGCGGUGCCGGGCGUGUGCCUGCGCGGCCGCUUGGGGCGCUCCUCCGGGCUUCAGACUCUGUGGAGUUGGUGGGUGCAGGAGGGACAGCCAGAGGGGUCGUUCGUCGCUGCAUCAUGGUCCACCUUAUUAUUUCUCCACAGCAACCUUUCUCAGCAGAGCAUACCAUGGGGGCCACCUAACCAUCCGCCUUGCUUUGGGUGGCUGCGCCAACCGGCCCUUUUACCGCAUUGUGGCUGCUCACAACAAGUGCCCCAGGGAUGGCCGCUUUGUGGAGCAGUUAGGCUCCUACGAUCCACUGCCCAACAGUAAUGGAGAAAAACUGGUUGCCCUCAACCUGGACCGGAUCCGGCAUUGGAUUGGCUGUGGGGCUCACCUCUCUAAGCCUAUGGAGAAACUUCUGGGUCUUUCUGGGUUUUACCCCCUGCAUCCGAUGAUGAUCACAAAUGCUGAGAGACUUCGAAGGAAGAGAGCUCGAGAAGUCCUCUUAGCAUCUCAGAAAACAGAAUCGGAGCCUGGAGAAACAGAAGCAAGCUGACUUCAGUGUACACAGUUGUGGCUGCAAGGUCAAGGGCCUUCACAACUCUUGCAUAGAACUUUUUGUUGGGUUUGAGGAUCAAUAAAUGGAGUUUUCCAAGUCUCAGUCUUCCAGCACAGCCUGAGCAGGGGUCAGACAGAUUUGUUAUCUGAUGUUAGAGCUGGGUUUAGAUACCUGCUAGGCUUUCUGACUUACUUUGUGAGUCAGUGGGUACAGGGCUCUCCCUGGUCACAUGGGCAAGUUUACAGUCUGCUGCCUUUCAGUACUUUCCUGCUUCAGAGCCCUCAACGAGAAUGUGUUGGGCUGUUCAAAUGUUUUCUUGCUCUGCAAUCCCCCUUGCUUGCUUGUUAUAUGUGAUAUGUAGACCAGACUGGCCUUGAUUGUCAGGUCUCCUGAGUUCUGGGAUUUCAGGUAGAGCUACUCUUGCCUGACCCAAAAGUUCCCUUUAUCACUUGGGAUCGUCCCAUAGCUCAGGAAGAAGUUACCUUGUUUAGUAAUUGUGUUAGUGGAGAUUUAUGUUAUUUUCUUGAUACAUGAUCUCAGGUUUACAAAGAUGGGUUGUAAAAGUUGCUUUGGGGCCUUAAUACCCUAGCCACUCACCCCCAAGACAGGGUUUCUCUGUGUCACAGCCCAUACUGUCCUGGAACUUGGCUCUGUAGACCAGGCUAGCCUCAUACUCAGAGAUCCACCUGCCUCGGCCUCUGAGUUCUACCACCUUUUAAGAGAGUAGAUAGAAGGAAGCUAAUACAAAGCCCCUUCGUAUAGUCAACUCUGUACGGAGAAGUUGCUUGUGUAUUACAAGUACCACAACUGUAGUUCAGUUAUAUCCAUGUUCACAGAUGAGGAGGGAAACUGUACCUCAAGAGUAGGAAACUCUUCAGAGUCCAUAUGUCUACCUACAGAGUCUUCCUACACACGUUGUUGCUUAUAUGAGAGAAGAAGUGAUAAGAGAGAGCUUUUCCAGAGUUAGUGGUAGAGGUCCAGGAGGUGGCUCAGGGGGUACCAGUGUUUUACCAUGAAGUUCUGAUUUCAAAUUCUUUGAAGUCUUGUAACAGGAAGUGGAAGAGUGUAAUAGCAGGCAGCAUCCUCUACAGGAGCAUGGGCAGGAGAGACAAAGGAAUUUUCAGACAUAGGCCAACUGGUGUGCACAGUGCAGAGGUCCAAAAUAAAGGUCUUUCUCUGGCCUCCACACGUGUUGUAGCAUGUACAUGCCCAUGUACUCACAUGUCAAUGUGCACACAUACACACAUCAUACACAGAAGAUGGUCAGUGAUAGAAUUGUGUUUGGGUAUCCUGAGUUUGGUAUGUAAAUCGGAGGCUGUAUGAAAUAAAAUCUAACAUCUGCUUCACCAGGACAAUAGGACUUUACAGCUAUAUGUAUGAAUUACAUGUUGAAGGGACCCUAGCCCACUUGAGCUUGUGACUCUGGCAGGCCUUGCCCUUCUCCCCAAUUCCCUCUGCCUUGCUAAAAACCGUUAGAUUAUAUUCCUAAAGUUGGCCACCAAGGUCUAUUCUUUUAUUUGGCCACUUCCCCCUGAGGCUGAUUACCAAGGUCUGGCUAUCAAAGUAUUAAAUAAGUUCAGCAAUCAAAAGCCCCUUUUGGUUCACCCAAUUAACAUGCCUAACUAAAAUAUAUGACACAUUCUAACCCUUUUUCUCUUCUCAAAAAUUACAUCAGCAAGAUCAUUUGCUGCUGUUUUUCUGCCUGAGUCAGAAAGCAGCCACUUUAACUUUUCUUUCCCGCUUAAUAAAGGAUCUCUGUGAAAACA